GAUGAAAUUUGAAAUUAAGCAUUUCAGCCAUUACACAACACUAAAUUGUAUAUGUACGAUUUUGAGUGUUGUCACAGACUGACUUUUGGCAAUAAGUAAAUUUUUCAGAUGAUAGCAAUGGACGAGCAGCGCGGCGAUAAGGUCUAUGGCGGUUGCGAGGGGCCAGACGCCAUGUACGUCAAACUGAUUUCGUCAGAUGGACACGAAUUUAUUGUAAAACGGGAACAUGCUCUCACCUCUGGCACGAUUAAGGCAAUGUUAUCUGGCCCAGGACAAUUCGCUGAAAACGAGGCUAACGAAGUGCACUUUCGUGAGAUUCCGUCGCAUGUUCUACAGAAGGUGUGCAUGUACUUCACAUAUAAAGUUCGAUAUACCAAUAGUUCAACUGAAAUACCAGAAUUUCCGAUUGCACCAGAAAUCGCCUUAGAACUAUUAAUGGCAGCUAAUUUUCUAGAUUGCUAAGUUAUUGGUUAACUU